GCACCUGCCUCUGCUUUCCAGAGUGGCGAAUAGACGGCCAAUAAUUUGCUCCUCAGAUACCCGGGAACAUCAGAUCGAUCGUAGGGAGCCCAUAUUAGAUCUUUGUAAAGACUAAGGCAAUUUGUCAAAAUGGCGACUCCCGUGUCCACACCGGCUUCAGGCAAGAAGCAGGUUCCGCCCGGGAAGCGAAUGCACUCCCAGCAAUCCAUAGAGAAACUCUGGAAACCUUUCAGAUGCCCUGGAUCAUCGACCCCGAGUCCCGCAGCCAAUCGACCUGCCAGGAAGAAGAGAAAGGUCGACUAUGGUGGCGCAGAUGGCGAUACAGACGCAGGUGCAGACAAGCCGUACACAAAUACCGAUCGAUUAGCCCUGGCAAACCGCGACGCCAACAAAUUUCCUGUCUUCCAAGCGAAGGAUAAGGACAAGGUCUUUAGAAAAGCCUUCGCCAUUCCUCUUCUCAACAAGAACACCACAGCUUACAACCCGAAUCGACCGCCUCCGACUUUAGGCUUGAGGCAAGGAGCCGUUUUCAUCGCAAAACCAUUACACGACCCAAGUGGAGAGUUCGCAAUUGUCCUGUACGAUCCGACUGUUGAUGACAAGCCGAAAGCUGCGCCGCCCAAAGAAGCCAAGCUAAAGGACAUCCCAUCUAAGACAGCGCUUGAUGCACCCUUGAUGCACAAGAGCCUUUCCGAAAUCUUGGGCAUCAAGAAGAAAGUCGAAGGUGAACACCCACGCGUGCCGGUUGUCAUCGAUCCAAGGCUUGCCAAGGUUCUACGUCCACAUCAGGUUGAAGGUGUCAAGUUUAUGUACAGAUGCGUGACGGGCAUGAUUGAGGAGAAGGCCAAUGGCUGCAUCAUGGCAGAUGAAAUGGGUCUCGGCAAAACGCUCCAAUGCAUCACCCUUCUUUGGACUCUGUUGAAGCAAUCGCCGGAUGCUGGAAAGAGCACAAUCCAGAAGGCCAUUGUUGCGUGUCCCUCCAGUCUAGUCCGCAACUGGGCCAACGAAUUAGUCAAGUGGUUAGGGGCUGAUGCCGUCACCCCAUUUGCUAUCGAUGGCAAAGCAUCGAAAGAGGAAUUAACACGACAACUACGCCAAUGGGCUAUCUCCACUGGCCGUGCUGUCACUCGCCCGGUCAUCAUUGUUUCUUACGAAACCCUUCGGUUGAACGUCGAGGAGCUGAAGCACACACAAAUCGGAUUGAUGCUUUGCGACGAAGGUCAUCGUCUAAAGAAUGGAGACAGUCAGACUUUCAGUGCCCUGAACAGUCUAAACGUCUCAAGGCGGGUUAUUCUAUCUGGUACUCCGAUCCAGAAUGAUCUGUCCGAGUACUUUGCUCUUAUUAGUUUCGCCAAUCCAGACCUAUUAGGCACCCGGCAGGACUUCCGCAAGAAGUUCGAACUUCCGAUCCUACGAGGCCGAGAUGCCGAUGCGUCUGAAUUGGACCGGAAGAAGGGCGAUGAAUCAACAGCUGAGCUGCUCAGUAUCGUUAAUCGGUUCAUUAUCCGCCGAACGAACGACAUUCUGUCCAAGUAUCUGCCGGUCAAGUACGAACAUGUCGUUUUCUGCAAUCUCGCGCCAUUCCAGCUCGACUUAUACAACUAUUUCAUAACGAGUCCAGACAUUCAAGCGCUUUUACGUGGCAAGGGCAGCCAGCCUCUCAAGGCUAUCGGCAUGCUCAAGAAGCUAUGUAAUCACCCUGACCUGCUCAAUCUCUCCGAAGAUCUUCCCGGGUCUGAGCAAUACUGGCCAGAUGACUACGUACCGAAGGAAGCUCGAGGUCGCGAUCGAGAUGUGAAACCCUGGUAUUCUGGAAAGAUGCAGGUUCUCGACCGCAUGUUGGCCCGCAUUCGACAGGAUACCAACGACAAAAUCGUUCUGAUUAGCAACUACACCCAGACUCUUGAUCUCUUUGAACGAUUAUGUCGAUCGCGAACCUACGGCUGCCUCCGUCUGGACGGAACGAUGAACGUCAGCAAACGUCAGAAGUUAGUCGACAAAUUCAACGACCCGGAUGGUGAUGAAUUCGUUUUCCUGCUGUCCAGUAAAGCAGGUGGCUGUGGUCUGAACUUGAUUGGCGCCAACCGAUUGGUACUCUUCGACCCGGACUGGAACCCGGCUGCUGAUCAACAGGCUCUUGCGCGAGUUUGGCGUGAUGGUCAGAAAAAAGACUGCUUCGUGUACCGUUUUAUUGCGACGGGCACGAUUGAGGAGAAGAUCUUUCAACGUCAGAGUCACAAGCAAUCGCUCUCGUCUUGCGUCGUGGACUCGGCCGAGGAUGUCGAACGUCAUUUCUCACUCGAUAGCCUGAGGGAGUUGUUCCAAUUCCGAGGAGACACGAAGAGCGAUACGCACGACACGUUCAAGUGCAAGAGGUGCAAGCCUGACGGCAAGCAGUACAUCAAGGCCCCGGCGAUGCUGUACGGUGAUACCAGCACAUGGAAUCACUUUAUCAACCAAGGACUGAAGCCGAUUCAAGAUCUACUUCUUCGUCAAGAGUGUGGUGAGAAGGAGGUGUCGGCAGUUUUCCAGUACAUUUCGCAUUAAAGGGGUUGCUGUUGCAUCGGUGGUAAGAAGGGUUGUCAGGGAUCGUUUGCACUAAAUGACUAGAGCGCAAUGACCGAUACGUUGCACAAAUGCCAUUUGAGAGAGAGCUUCUACGUGAUACGACAUGAGCAAGGUCUGAUGAGUUCGGGAGGCGUUGCAUUUGCACAGGCAUUAAAGAGAAGCGUGAUUGCUUCAAAGACUAGGAGGCCGGCGUUAGGUAGAUUAUCAGGUAGCUUCCGACAAUAAGCUCAUGGAAAAUCACAUACGUUAGCCUAAAUAAGCUAUUGACGUAUGUUUCUGUGGACAAUAUAAACAAGAGGGUUGUAUUGGUGAUG